GGCCGGCCGGCCGCAAUGUCCGGCGCCGAGGAGGCCGGCGGGGGUGGCCCGAACGCAGGGCCAGCCGGCUCCGUGCCGGCCGGAGUCGGGGCCGGCGCUGGGGUCGGGGCCGGGGUCGGGGCCGGGCCCGGGGCGGCCGCGGGACCGGCGGCGGCGGCGCUAGGCGAGGCCGCGGGGCCCGGGCUCCCAGACGAGGCGGGCCUGGCCGGCGCCCGGCAGCUGCAGGAGGCGGCCGGCGACCCCGACGCGCCGCCCAAGAAGCGGCUACGGGCGGCCGAGGCGGCCGAGGCGGCGGCGGCGGCGGCGGCGGCGGGCAGCGGGAAGCUAGAAGAGCGGCUCUACUCGGUUCUGUGCUGCACGGUCUGCCUGGACCUGCCCAAAGCCUCCGUGUACCAGUGUACUAACGGUCACUUGAUGUGCGCUGGCUGUUUUAUCCACCUACUAGCAGAUGCCCGGCUGAAGGAGGAGCAGGCCACGUGCCCCAACUGUCGUUGCGAGAUCAGUAAGAGCCUCUGCUGCCGCAACCUGGCCGUGGAGAAGGCCGUGAGCGAGCUGCCCUCCGAGUGUGGCUUCUGCCUGUGCCAGUUCCCCCGCUCCCUCCUGGAGAGGCACCAGAAGGAGGAGUGCCAGGACAGGGUCACCCAGUGCAAGUACAAGCGCAUCGGCUGCCCGUGGCACGGCCCUUUCCACGAGCUGACCGUGCACGAGGCCGCGUGCGCCCACCCAACCAAGACGGGCAAUGAGCUGAUGGAGAUCCUGGACGAAAUGGACCAGAGCCACCGCAAAGAGAUGCAGCUCUACAAUAGCAUCUUCAGCCUGCUCAGCUUCGAGAAGAUCGGCUACACAGAGGUGCAGUUCCGGCCGUACCGCACGGACGACUUCAUCACGCGCCUGUACUACGAGACGCCGCGGUUCACGGUGCUGAACCAGACCUGGGUCCUGAAGGCGCGCGUCAACGACUCGGAGCGCAACCCCAACCUGUCGUGCAAGCGCACGCUGUCCUUCCAGCUGCUCCUCAAGAGCAAGGUCACGGCGCCCCUGGAGUGCUCCUUCCUGCUGCUCAAGGGCCCGUACGAGGACGUGAAGAUCAGCCCCGUCAUCUACCACUUCGUCUUCACCAACGAGAGCAACGAGACGGACUACGUGCCGCUGCCCAUCGUCGACUCCGUGGAGUGCAACAAGCUGCUGGCCGCCAAGAACAUCAACCUGCGGCUCUUCCUGUUCCAGAUCCAGAAGUAGGGGCGCCGCGCACGCGCGCGCCCCCCACGCCUGCCCGGCGGUGGCUUCGCAGCGCCGUCGACCCUCGGCCACGGAGGAGGAGGAACCAAGCGAACCUUGGGACGUCUGCAUGCGUGUGCGAAGGUGUGCGUGCCCACGCCUCGCCCUCCGCCCCACCUGCCCCCCCAUCCCGGGCGCUGGAGGCUGGCCCCCCCCACCCCCCCGCAGAGGAGAUGCUGCCUGGGGACCGAGAGGCGCGGUGUGGCCAGGCCCAGCGGCCCGCCCGGCCCCCGUCGUGCAGGGGGUCAGGCCUACUCUGCGCCUCCUCAUGCCGGGCUGCAAGCGGCUCCUGGGCCGGGCUCGGGGGCGCUGACCUCAGACGGCAUAUUUGAUUGCAAUUAAAAAGGCACCCUUGUUUCCUA